AUGUCACAGCUCCCACUCCCCCUCCUCCGGGUCUUCCUUCUCCUCGCCGCCCUCCUCACCCUCACCUCCUCGCAGACCCUCUCUUCCACAGACGAUGGAGGCUACACAGGCUACACGCUCACAGUGCGCGACACGGCCAACAACACCGACGACGUCGUGUACGAGACGGAAAACACAAACACCGACACCUCAGGCGGCUCGUCCGCGCCCAACGCCGCCCCGCCGGACGUCUUCCUCAACGCGAGCGUCUCGGUCGGCGAAAUCGACCUCACGGUGCGCAACCUGACGGCGCAGAUCAACAUCGCGGCGCAGGUCCUCUCGCUGCUGACCUUCAACGCGGGCGUCGAUCUCAGCAUCAACCGCGUCGAACUGCUCAUCCAGAACGUGACGGCGAAAGUGGAGCUCGAAGCCCGGCUCGAGAACCUGGUGCUCAUGAUCAACGACACGCUCAGCUCGAUUGAUUUGAACCCCAUCAUCGCGACCUUGGGGAACGAUGUGGGAGGUCUGCUGAACAGCACUGUUGGCGGUCUGACGGGUUCGGGUACAACCACAGGCACAAGUACCGGUACCGGUGGCGCCGACAGUGAUUUAUCCGCCCGGAGCGCCCUGCUCGAACAGGGCAUCCUCUACUCCGUGAACGACUACUCCGGGAACGUGCAUACGAACCGCGUGCUCGAUCAGGCGGGCAAUAUCGUGGACGAGAAGCUGGGUAAUGAUGGAGACGUCUAUUCGUCCGAGGUCGUCGGGUCGUAUUGGCAUGAUAUGACGUUCACGGGCCGGGAGAGCUCGGUGCUGUUCGACGGCGUGAGUGCACGCGAGGUACAGUAUUCGUAUACGCCGUUUUCGGGCUUGAUUUCCACCGCGGCCAUUUACCUGGACGGUGAGGGCAACGUGCUGGGGACGAGGGUGUUGAGUGAGAUUGAGGGUGGAGGGUCCAGUACGAUUGCGGACGAUUGA